CUCAGUCUCUAAUGGCAGUCAAUCCCUUCUGCAGAGAACAUGGGACACCCAGGGACUUGGGAACAGCAGUCACCCCGGUGACUAAGGAGGAAGGCAGAGCAAGAGGCAGCCUGAGCUCCCAGUGCUGCCCGUGGCAGCAUCCCAAAGAAUGGCAGCCGGAUGCUGAGCAGGCAGCGCCCGAUUGGAUUGUUUUCCUGCUUUCAAGUGAGUAACUCUUGCCCUGUGCAGCGGAGUCCUGACCUGACAUCCUCCUCGUCCAGAAGCUGCCCAGAGCUGGAAUGCAGCACAAACUGCUGAGAUGAGAAGGGAAGUCAGCCUUGGAGACACCAUCUCAUGAGCAGAGCAGGAGCAGGCAGCCUGCAGACUCAGGAAAUCCUUCCACCAUGACCACAGCAGGUGUUUUCGUGCUCCUCUCCUUCGCGCUUUGCUGCGUCCCGGAUACUGCCUUUGGGGUUGAGGUGGACUGCAGUACGUAUCCCAACACUACAAGUGAGGAAGGCAGAGAGGUGGUAGUCUGCACCGAGACCCUCAGCCCCAUCUGUGGUUCUGAUGGAGUCACCUACAGCAAUGAGUGCCUGCUCUGUGCCUACAACAUAGAAUACGGAACCAAUGUCAGCAAAGACCAUGAUGGAGAGUGCAAGGAAAUUGCCCCUGUGGACUGCAGUCGAUAUCCCAACACAACAGAGGAAGGCAAAGUUUUGGUGCUCUGUGAGAAAAUCCUCUCCCCUGUCUGUGGUACGGAUGGGGUCACCUACGACAACGAGUGCCUGCUCUGUGCCCGUAGCCUAGAGUCUGAGGCCAGUGUUGGCAAGAGGUUCGACGGUGAAUGUAAGAAGGAAAUUGUUGCAGUUGACUGCAGUGACUACCCUAAACCUGUCUGCUCACUUGAGUACAUGCCCCUCUGUGGCUCUGACAGCACAACAUAUGGCAAUAGGUGUAACUUCUGCAAUGCAGUCGUGGACAGCAAUGGGACUCUCACUUUAAGCCGUUUUGGAAAAUGCUGAGUAUCAGUGCUGAGAGAAUUCACCACAGGAUCCCCACUGGCAUAUCCCAGCUAAAGAUCUCACCUCAGUUCAUCUCGCCCUCUGGGGAGCUCAGCUCACUCCUGAUUUUCUUUCUCAAUAAACUAAAUCAGCAAUG